AGCUUUACAAAGAAUGCCAGAGAGCAAUAUGAAAAACUGUCGACCAUGCACAACAAUAUGGUGAAGCUCUAUGAGAACCUGGGAGAAUACUUCAUUUUUGACCCAAACACAGUAGGCAUAGAAGACUUUUUUGGUGAUCUCAACAACUUCAGAACCCUAUUUUUGGAAGCACUGAAAGAAAACCAUAAGAGAAAAGAAACAGAAGAGAAGAGCCGGAGGGCAAAACUCGCAAAAGAGAAAGCUGAACAAGAGAAGCUAGAGCGCCAGAAGAAGAAGAAGCAGCUCAUUGAUAUAAACAAAGAGGGUGAUGAGACCGGAGUGAUGGAUAAUCUUCUGGAAGCCCUACAAUCAGGUGCAGCAUUUAGAGACCGAAGAAAGCGAAUUCCAAGGAAUCCAGAUAACAGACGGUGCCCUCUAGAAAGAUCACGUUCUCGCCACAAUGAAGCCAUGUCAGCCAAGUGAUUCCUGAUGCCAGAGAGAAUGGGGACAUUUAAGAAAACAAAAUCAUCCAUCUUGAGAACAAAAUAUACACUGAAGGGUUUGAAUGGAAAUAAAUGAAUUUCCACAAAGGUCAA